GGCGGGGCUACCCCGAAGCCGUGUGGAAGUCCGUCCCGCACCUCUCCUGGCUUCCCGCAGACUGGACAGCGCUCCGACUCUUGAGCGUUUCACUGGGCUUCGAUCGCUGGCGAGUGCUGAGCGGGCACGAACUUUCCUGGCCGGAAGAGUGGUAGCCUGAAGUCCGACAUGCAAGCCGGGAAGCCUAUUCUCUAUUCCUAUUUCCGAAGCUCCUGCUCCUGGAGAGUUCGAAUUGCGUUGGCAUUGAAAGGCAUCGACUAUGAGACAGUGCCUGUCCACCUUAUAAAAGAUGGGGGGCAGCAGUUCUCUGAGAAAUUCCAGACACUGAAUCCCAUGAAGCAGGUGCCAACACUGAAGAUUGAUGGACUCACCAUAAGUCAGUCACUGGCCAUCAUUGAGUACCUGGAGGAGACUCGGCCCACUCCACGACUCCUGCCUCAAGACCCAAAGAAGAGGGCCAGUGUGCGCAUGAUUUCUGACCUCAUCGCUAGUGGCAUCCAGCCCCUGCAGAACCUGUCUGUCCUGAAUGAAGUGGGAACGGAGAAACAGCUGUCCUGGGCUCAGAAGGUCAUCAGUUCUGGCUUUAAUGCUCUGGAGCAGAUCCUGCAGAGCACAGCGGGGAAGUGCUGCAUAGGAGAUGAGGUAUCCAUGGCUGAUCUGUGCUUAGUGCCUCAGGUAGCAAACGCUGAAAGGUUCAAGGUUAAUCUCAACCCCUACCCAACCAUCAGUCGCAUCAACAAGACACUGCUGGCCUUGGAGGCCUUCCAAGUGUCUCACCCCAGCCGGCAGCCAGAUACACCUGCUGAGCUGAGGGCCUAGCUCCCAACCCUGCCCCACUGGCACAAGGCAAGGUAGAGGAGCAGGCAGGUGCUGGGUGGGCUGAGACAAGUGAGUCAUAAGUGGUGAGGCAGGAGACUUGAACCCUAGCCUUUGGAUCUGAACUGUAGCUGUGGGUCUGCUUUCCCCCUGAACUUCGUUCUGCCUCAAUCCCAUAAUCUGUCAAAUGUCUGAAAUGUUACCUGCUAUCUGUAUCAUGGUAUCACCGUGAAGACAAAAUGAAAAUGUGGAUUAAAAUGCCUGGUAAGUUUACCAAA